UUAGUAUUCACAAUUUAUAGAAGAAAGUGUAAAAUCAGUGACUCCCACCAAAUACCACAAGAGUGAUAUGGCACAAUCAGGUGCAUUUACCUCCUCAACUACAAUUGACAUGCUAGACCCUCAUGGUGCAUAUAAAAGGCAUGUAUGCAUGGCAGCCACAUUAGGGGAUUGGGGAAAGGCAUCAUCAUAUGAUGAAACUCAACCAAACUGGGUAUCUACUACUUUAACUAGGGAUGGAGACACAGCUCUUCAUAUUGCAGUAAGCAUGGAACAUAUUGGUUUUGUUGAGAAGUUAGUGGAACGUAUGAGCAUGCAAGAUUUGCAAAUUAUGGAUGCAGAUGGGAACACUGCUUUCUGUAUGGCUGCCAUUUCAGGAAAUGUCAAACUUGCAACCAUUUUACUUGGAAAAAAUUCAGGCUUGCUUUGGCUUAGAGGCCACAAAGGCAUGUUACCAAUUCAAUUGGCAUUUUCAGCAGGGCAGCCUCAUAUGGUGAAUUUUUUAUUUGAGAAAACUCAAAGUGAUGAUAUGGACACUCAUUUAUCAUACCAAGACAUUGUUAACCUGUUUUUCUUGUCCCUUACCUACAACAAUUUCACUGUGGCAUCAAUGUUGUUAAAGAGAUAUCCAGAUUUUGCUGGUGUAAAAAAUGAAAAAGGGUUAACUGCAUUUGAAGUACUUGCUCAGCAAACCUUUGACAAGGAUGCUCCUGAUUAUCAACAUAUUCUCAAUUCACUGUUUAAACACAUGGUCGAAGAAGAUGAUUUUCCAAAUUCUGAAAGAAUGCCAAAAGCAAUGUUUGAUGCUGCAAAAUCAGGAAACCUCCUGAUUUUGGAAUUUAUCUUAAAGCACAACCCAAAAUUGUUAAUGAAAAAAAAUGGCGAGGGGAAAACCUUACUUCACCUUGCUAUUUCAUAUCGGCAAGUAUCUGUGUACCAACUAAUAUUGAGCAAGGGUGCAUACAAGAAUGCUAUUGUGCAAGAAGUUGACAAAGAAGGAAAUAAUGUUCUUCAUUUAGCUGGGAAGUUGGAGGCUAAAGGAAGAUUCGGAUCAAUAAAUCAUGUUCUAAUUCUAAGUGAGGAGCUUUGGUUUAAGGAAGUAGAGAAGAUAGUUCCACCAGGAUUCAAAACAAUGCAAAAUAAAGAAAAAAUGACUCCAAAAGAAUUAUUUCAUGAGGAACAUGCAGACUUAACUGAUUCAGCAGUAUCGGAACUGAAUGAAAUGGCAAAUAAUUUUCUAGUUGUAGCAACUCUAAUUGUGAGCUUAGGGAUAACAGCAGCUCUCACUAUUCGUACUAACAACAUUCAAGGAAAGACCCCUCUCUUUCAAGACAAGAUAUGGUACAUUAUAUUUCUUUUAUCGGUUGGAUUUGGAGUAAUCACCGGUGCACUUUCUAUCGUCUUCCACACUUCAGCUAUACUUCGUUCAACCUGGAAGCAAAAAGGUUAUCCUGUCACCUCUCGGCUAAUUAGGAUUAUAUCAGGGGAUUUUAUGCUAUGUAUCUCUAUGGGAGUCAUGAUUACCAUUUCUUGUAUGACUGGUGUUGUUUUGAUCUACACCUUCUUCCCCAAAUGGAUCUUUUUACUUGCUGCUGUAUUUUGUGUUAGUCCAGUGAUCUUGGUAUUUGUUGUGUACGUGUAUGUUUGGCCUCUCAAGUUGGUCCUAUUACUAGCAUUGCUUGAGAGAGUAACAGGGGGAAUGUUCUAUAGAUUUGGGAUUAGGUGGACUGCGUUUGACUACAUUGGUUAG